CCGUUGCUUCCUUGCACGCUGCAGUGAAAACGAGGCCAGUGCUCUACAACCAACUGUUGAUAUCCUGUCCGUUCUCUGCCACGAUGCCGCUCCUCCUCCCAACGGCUGACGCCCAUCCCUUCAAAGACUUUCUCACAAACACCCUCACCUUCCUCUCCUUCUCCUCCCGAACCCCACACAACGACGACGACGACGACGAGCCCACCUCCGACUCUUCCUCAUCUACAGACUCCGCCUCUGACCCAGACACAGACCUCCUCGACCCUACCACCGCCUGCCCAUCCUUAUCCCCGUCCCUCGCCCUCGCCCUCCUCCCCACCCCCAGCCCCAGCCCCACACCCUUAACCCCACCCGCAAAACUGGAUGCUGCACGCCGCGCCGUCUCCCCCACCCCCUCCUCCUCCUCCCAUUCCGCCCCCUUCACCCUCACCGGCCCGAUCAGCGCCGCCGCCCGCCUCUACGCGAUGCGCCGCGACCACGACGCCGCCCGCGCAGAGGCCUCGCGCGCAGCCAAGGACGCCCAGCGCUGGGAAGACCGCGCCCACGCACUCGAGCGCGCCCUGCGCGAGGCGCGCGAGGCCGUGCGGUUGCGCGAUGGCGAGAUUGACGUGCUCAGGCGAGACAGGGACAGGGCGGUUGCGGAGCGGGAGAGAGAGCGGCGUGAGAGGGAGAGGGAGAGGGAGUAUUGGGAGAGGGAGUAUAGGGAGCGCGAGGGCAGGGAGCGGGAGAAGGAGAAGGAGAGGCGCGCGAGCGUGUCUUCUGCGCCGGGACACAAUGUGCACAGGCGCAAUAGCUCUGCGCAGAGCCACAUGACGAGCAGCUCGGGGACGUCGCUCGCCUCGCUCGCGUCCACCUCUUCCGCCGAUUCGAAUGGCGCGCCAAACUACGGAGCACUCGUCCGCCGCCCCUCGAACCCCCACGUCCGCCCGCGCACACCCGCCGGGCCUUCUAAUGCCAAUGCCAACGCCAAUUCGUACUCGAACCACCGCCCACCGCCCCGCCCCUCCACAUCCAUGUCCACCCGAUCCACCCGCUCCUCUCAACCUCAAUCCCAACCUCAAUCCCAAUCCCGCUCCCAAUCGCAAACCCGCCCCGCGCGCUCGAACUCCUCCUCCAUCCCCCGCACCCCCUCCUCCGCCUCCCUCGCGAGCACCAGCACAGCCGCCGAAGAACACGCGCACCUCCGCGCGCUCGACACCUUCCUCACCAAAUCCGACCUCUGGUCCGGCGCACAGAUCAUCCAGGCCGUGCAGGAUCUCAACGCCGAGAUCGUGCAGUUCGCCGCGGGCGCCGUCGAGCUUGUGUCUUCCUCCUCCUCAGGAUCAGGUGCAAGCGCAGGCGGCGGCGGCGGCGGCUUCCUCCCGCCCUACGCACGGGGCCUCGGCAUUCCUCAACCGCGAAACACCAAAGCACCAAUGCGCCCCGCAGCGCCGAUCCCCAAAGGCCAGAAAACGCCGACGCUCGCGCAGACGGCGAGCGACGUCGCGAGCCGCGUCGGGGCCACGCUGACGCGGAUGCUGGGGACGCGCGCGCACACGGGCGAGGACGGGCCGAUGGUCGUGCAGCUCGCGCUGCAGGCGGCGGUCGUCACGUGUCUCGCGCGCGCGCUCGCGCCGUUCUGUGUGGGGUAUCAGGCGGGUGUGAACGGGGUGCUGGCGCAGGUGUAUGCAAGGAUGCGGGCGGCCGAGCCCCAGGCGACAGCCGCGCGCUGGCGCGCGCUCGCGCAUGUCCACAUCCACGCUGUGCACCCCGAGCUCGCAGAGUACGCCACGCGCGAGCUCGCGGACACGCUCGUGCGCUGGGCGGCCGACGUCUUUCUCAUCGCCGGCGCGUCUCUCGUCCCCGUCCCUCCUCCGCUCCCUUCUUCCUCCACGCAUCCUUCCUCGAAUUCUUCUUCCGCCCAAUCCACCUCGAACUCGCAAACACCCUACCCACCCCCAAACCCCACCCAAACACACACCCUCUUCCGCACACGCCACCUCCCCGCGCUCACGCGCAUCGCGCGCGCGGCGACGCGUCUCGCGCGCGUGACAAGGGAGGAGGUGCUCAGCGCGGACUUUGAGGUGGUCGCUGUCGAGGCCGGGCGGGCGUUUGUGGGGCGCGAGAUGGGGGAUGCGAUGGGUGUGCAGGGGGAUGCCGCCUGCGCUUCUUCGGUGGGGUUUUCGGUGUAUGGGUCGGAUGACGAGGAGGACGAGGGGGAGGGGGAGGAUGGGGAUUCGGAGCUGAGUACGCCGUGUGCGAGUUUGAGUGGCCGUCCCAACGGCCACCCCAACGGCAACGGCACCAGCAGAGGAGGGAAGGUGCUAUGCUCAACAGAACUCGGCCUCCGGUGCUCGAGCGUCGUGCGGCGGCGGCCCCUCUCAAUGCCCGACAGCACCAGCGCCAACACCGCCCCAUCGUCAGCAGAUGGGCCAGCAACAUCAACGUCAUCAUCAUCAUCGUCAUCAACGGCAGCGGCAGCGUCCAUCGAGCGCAGACUCCUGCUCAAGCCGCGCGUCGUGCUCGAGAGCGUCGUGGACGUCCUGGACCGCUAUUGACUAUUGAAAUAUUGAUACCCGGACCAGCCUGGCCGUGCCGACACCGUCGAAUCCGGCUCGACUUGGAGCGCUCGAUCGAUACGGACCUUGAAGAAGGGUCGAAGGAUUGGAGGAUUGAAGGAGAUCGCGCAACGCCGGGUGACAGACAUCUUGGGAUCGUUUCUUUCUUUCUUGGCUCGGUGCUCGCGGUCGCGGCCACGGUGGGGUGUAUAUUUGAGGAUACCCGUGGUCAUACGCAUGCGCUGUUAUGUACAGUACUGUGGGUAGCUGAGGGUGAGGUGCACGCGCGCCGCAUUUUUUUUUUGCAGUCGUGAUACCUGCCUGCAUCUGGUGUAUUUUAUGCCUACAUUACAUAUGGUAUAACUAUUAUGUAGGACAUAUGGCAGGCUUAAGCAUGUACAAUUAAUUGC